GAGAUGCGCCGAGGGGGAAUCGAACCCCCGGCUCCCCGACGCUGCUGGAUGGCAACUGAGAAUUUUACCACUAAACCAUCGGCGCUGGUUAUGAGAUAUGCAUCUCAGGAUGCUGAUCCGGACAGCAAGAUGCUACAAGAAUCGACACGAGAUUGGGGAGCAAUCGGCUAAUCUGAACUAACAAGAUCUGAACCAACAAGAUCUGGCCAACAGGAUCUUCACUGCGUUUUUAACCCCACCAGACCGGCUGAGACUCUUACCAGCAAGCCUCUCCAAUCGGAGGCCUCGCCGAGAGCAAUCAGGCGGUACAAACAGGAGCAGUGGCAGGAACAGUACAGAGGAGCAUGUCAAAAGUAAUGAUCCAUAAUGCCAAGGCCCAC